AAAAAAUGUAAACAAAGUGACAGCUGUUAACUUUCUAAAUAAAUAGCGAUGGAUCCAGCUGAAGUUGAAUUUAUAGCUGAAAAGGAUGUAAUAACAAUUGUUCCGAACUUUCAGCUGGAAAAGAUAUUCCUUAUAAGUGGUGACAUUGGUCCAUUCAGCCCUGGUCUGCCAAUAGAUGUACCACUCUGGAUGGCUGUCAACCUAAAGCAGAGGCAGAAAGCUCGCAUUAGACCACCAGAAUGGAUGGAUGUUGAAAAAUUGCAAGAGAAGAAACAGGAGGAAACAGACAGCAAGUUUUUCACAGAGAUGCCGUGCAAGUGUUACAUGGAGAUGACCACAUUGCUGCUGAAAUAUGCUGUAGAUGAUAUCCCACAUGCCGAUGAGACACGAACACUGAUUAAAGACAUUUGGGACUUGAGGAUCUCAAAACUACGAAGCAGUAUUGACACUUUCGUCAAAAGUGAUGCUACCCAUGCCAAGUUGAAUCACCUGACCUUGAUGGAACUGAACACCGUACGACCAUUCUUGACGAAAGCUUUGGACCAAUUGCACGUGCUCAGAAUGAACAUGUCAAGUAGGGGAACGCAGCUCACACAAGACUGAAGCGCUUAUUUCUAUUCUAUGUUUAUCAUGAAAUGAAUAAUGAAUUAGGAAAGGGCCCUAGAAUGCACCAAUUUAAACAACUCAUUGUGUGUUCAAUAUAAUGAUAAUUAUACAUUUAAACACCUGAUGUUCAAAGUGUGAGUAUAUCACUUUUAAGGCCAACAGAAAAUAAUGUUGAGGUUAACAUGCCAAUAUAGAUGGGGGAAAUAUUUUAUUUUGGAAUGUUAUUUUAUGGCAUAUAUAGUAUGCAUAUCGCUGUAUUGUUUACAUUUGUAUACACAUUCUGACAUGAAUGUUGACCAAACUUCAGUUUCGAGAAAUUGGGGCCAGGACUUUAAAAUAGUGUCAGUCCGGUUGGUUUCCACAAAAUUAUUUUGUUUGUCCUAAUAGUAACUUAAUCUUUGUGAAUUUCCGGCCACCAUAAUGUGUUCAAUACAUGUACAUGUACUUCUACGAGUGUUAGCAAUUAAUGAAAUAAAAUCUUCAUGAGAGGUCUGCUUUAGAUCUUUCUGCAUAUGUGCUAUGAACUACAUGUGAUUUAUAUUAUAAAAUUACUGGUAUUUAUUGUUGUGAAUGAAAUGACUUUAUUCAAAUUAAAUGAAAUGAAAAUAAGUCGCGUUUCGUGGCAUUAUUGACCAUUCUUACGGUAGUAUACAAAUUAAGUGCUUUCCAAAUAGACAUUAAACCUAAAUGUAUAUGCCACCCCAGGAGGGCAAAAUAGAAAAUAAAAGGCUGGAGGUCAUUUUUGCUUCCUGAAAAGGGAUGAACUGGUAUGUUUAAAUGCAGUAGCCCUUAUUAGGCAUACAUACUACAUGUAGAAUUUAGUUAUUAGAGAGAAACUUUGUGUUUUGCAUAACAUAUUAAUUUGUUAAUAAAAGACUU